GGCGCGAAACCCCCGCGUCGCCUAUUGUUACCAUCGCAAGAGGAGGAAGGAAGCAGGCGCCGCCCCGAGACGCCCGCGCUGCGCCAUAGGAGGAAGGGAGCUACACCGCAAGCAGACCUUGGAGCGAGACAUCGCCACCAUGGACGAGAAGUCGAGGAAACCGGAAGGUGCGCGCAGCAGCAGCAGCAGCAGCAACGCCAACAAGAACAACGACACCCCGCUCUAACUAACCUGACCCCUCGCUAUCUCUAUCUCUAUCGCUAGACACCCCGUUCAAGCAGCAGAAGCUCAAGGCCUGGCAGCCGAUCCUCACGCCCAACUGGGUCAUCGGCACCUUCGCCGUCGUGGGCCUCAUCUUCAUCCCCAUCGGCAUCGUGCUGCACACCGAGUCGGACAAUGUGGUGGAGUACUCGAUCCAGUACGACGGAGACGGCGUGGAGAAAUCGUCCAACAUCGUGGACUUGGGCAGCGGCUGCUACCUCGAGGACGAGAGCGACGGCGACUCGUUCGACGUGGACACGCACGGCUGUAGGAUCAAGUUCACGAUCGAGAAGGAGAUGAAGGCGCCCGUGUACCUCUACUACCAGCUGGACAACUUCUACCAGAACCACCGCCGCUACGUGCAGAGCCGCAGCGACGCGCAGCUCCGCGGAGAUGCCACGGCCAGCACGAGCGACUGCUCGCCGCUGACCAAGUCCGGCACGGGCAUGUACAAGUACAACUCGACGGCGGAGAAGGCCAUCGGCGACAACGAGACGGACUACACGCUGAUGCCCUGCGGCCUCAUCGCCAACAGCCUCUUCAACGACAUUUUCUGGGUCAACAAGCUCGUGGCCGACGGCAAGACGUACUACCAGGACGACACGUACAACGGCAAGACGCUCGUGAAUCUCGUGGACCAGACGGGCAUCGCCUGGAAGUCGGACGUCGAGACCAAGUUCAAGAACAUCGACCUGGCGGACCUGUCGGACGCGGACAACACGAUGAUGCUGUGGCAGAACCCGCGCUACCGCUACAUCAUCCCCAUGUACGAGGGCCAGGAGGCGAUCGCCAACAAGACGGCGUGGACGACGGCUGCGCCUGCGUACGGCGUGCAGGACGAGCACUUUAUCGUCUGGAUGCGCACGGCCGGUCUGCCGAGCUUCCGCAAGCUCUACGGCCGCAUUGACACAGAUCUGGCAGAGGGCACGGAGAUCGAGUUCCUCGUCUCCAGCAACUUCGUGGUGAGCACUUUCGAGGGCAAGAAGUCUAUCGUGAUCUCGACCACAUCAUGGUUCGGCGGCCGCAACCCGUUCCUCGGCAUCGCGUACAUCAUCGUGGGUGCGCUCUGCAUGGUGCUGGCCAUCCUCUUCUUCGCCAAGCACAAGCUGAGUCCGCGUAAGCUGGGCGACACGCGGUACCUGGUGUGGAAGAACAACCACUAAGCAGUUAAAUCGCAGACAGGUCAGCGAAGGUGUCCAGCAGGCACGCGACGACGGAGCUGCGGCUCGGGGUUAGUGAGCGAGUCGUAGGAGUUGAGAGCGACAAGAAACAGAACCCACGGAGCGCUCGCCGUCCUUGCCAGUGUAUUCUUUUACUUCUCAUACUUUUUAGCAGAGGCGUCAUUUAAGCUGCACCCCCUCUCAGAGAGAGGGGAGGGAUGCAAGAAUGAAUAUUCCAGGUCGCUUGUGC